UCAAAGGCGAAAAAUCAUAACGCGCCGUUAACACAAACACGCCGUUUGCCGUGUAGAUGCAAAACAGCGUCUUUCCUGCAGCGACCGCCCUUGCGUGAUUUUCUUGUCGAAAAACAAAAAGAUUUAUUAACGUGCGCAGGACUGAUGGCUGACGAAGAAAUGACAGACGCGAGUCUACCCGACGAUGAACACCAGAUGGAAAUAAAAUCCAAUACGGACGUGACGGACGUCCAGUUGCUCAAGUGGCUUGAGUGGCUGGACAGUGGCAAACACUCUGACUGCUCCUUCAUAGUAGGACGCGGGUGGAAUCAAAAGCGUUUUGAUUGCCAUCGCCUGGUCUUGGCUGCUGCCAGUCCUGCAUUUGAGAAGAUGCUGUUUGGUCAAUUUCAAGAAGGCCAACGAGCAGGCCCUGAAAGUUCUCCAAUCAUUUUGCGAGACUGUGACACUGAAUCCUUUGCUCUGAUUCUACGGUACAUCUAUGGCCGCGAAACAGUUGGAAUGGUAGAGGCUCAGCUGGACACAGUGAUCCAAAUUUUCACCUUUGCUGCCAAGUGGCAAUUGAACCAGCUGGACGACUUGGCCGCUGACCUCUGCCUUCAACAUAAGCUUGACGUGCGUGACCUCUUUCAGCUCCAUUUGCUGUUUGUGCAGCACAAUUACACAGAUAAAGCUGACACAGUCUUUCAGCGGAUGCGUGACCAAGCCAGCGAAGCUCUUGCUCACUUGGAAGAGGCAAGCUUUGAAACUGUUGAAGCCCUGCUGCGCUCAGAGCGCUUGAAUAUCUUCAGCGAAAUGGAGGUACUGCGCGCCCUGGUGAAAUGGGGUGCUGCUCGGGUUGCAGCUUCUAAGAACCUAAAGCCAGCAACCAUCAGUACCCAUGUAGCCCCCUUGCUGCAGUAUGUUCAGCUCGGUCCCUUAUCCAAGACUGACUUCGACCUCGAAGUUGAACAGAUGAGCUGUGAAGAGAAAGAGGGUGUUGCUGCCAUCAAACUGCUCAUGGAGACAGAGAAAAUUGACAUCAACCUGACCCCAUGGCGUGGGUUCUUCAACCCUGACACCCUGCUGUUCAAAGUGGACCACCCCUUUGAAUACGAGCUGCUCGAAGGCGAGAAAACCUUUAAAUUUUACUUUCUGAUCUACCAGCCUGUGUACCUGUUGGGCAUCGAAUUGCACAGCCUGUGCCACCUGAACCCUGGGCUCCCCAUGAAUUUGCAAAUCAGCCUCAAGUACGACUCAGAGGUCAUUGAUGAGUGGAGAUUCAAGACCGAGUGCAACAGAUUCAGCCACGCCUGUCUCAAAAGUUCAUUGGUCAGGCUGUUGAAUCCUUGCUAUCUUUCAAACCAAAAAGGGCAUUACUGUGUGAUUGUGAAGCACCAGAAUGAUGGCCCCAGGAUGGUGCCGAACACAACUCGGUCUUCUGCAGCAUACGGAAAGCUAAAGAUCACCAUUGAAGAUUGUAAGGUUAGAUUUGCUCCUCAGAAGGGUGAUGUUUGUGCUUUGGAGUUUGGCAGGCCUUUGCAGAAAGAUGCUGAGUAGUUCUCAAUCAAGCCGUAUAUAUUUCAGUGAAAUUUAAACGUUUCUUUUGCAUUAUCUAUUAUAACGUGAUGAAUGCAACGGCCGCAAAGGCAAUUACUGAGAUGAAGGGGCCCGGAUUAUUUUGUAAUGAACUAAAAUCCGUACCAAAAUAAUCCCUGUUAAUAGUUUUUACACAAAUCCAACAGUAUUUAAAUAUAAAAUAUAAAAAUUGAAAUCAAA